AUGGGAACACUGCCGCGGCCGCUGCGGCUGCGAUGUCACCGGGAGCAAUGCCGCGCUUUUCUUGGAAACCUUUGCCAGGAGCAGACGGAGGUCCCCGCGGUGGGAACUGAGGCUGUCGGGAGCCACCACGGAGACGGUGACCAAGAGGUGGACAUUGGCUGGAAUGGGGACGGAGACCGGGAGGGAGACGGAGUCCGGGAUGGAGAUGGUGUCCGGGAUGGAGACGGUGUCGGGGAUGGAGAUGAUAGCCGCACCGGGAGCUGCACCGGCACCGACAACAGCACCGGGAAAGGGCUCUGGGAGCUGUUUGGACACCGGGAGCUGCACCUGUACCGGCACCGGGAGCUGCUCGAGCAUCGGGAGCUGCACCGGCAACGGGAGCUGCACCGGUGCCGCCACCGGGAGCUGCACCGGGAGCUGCAGCGGCACCGGGAGCUGCACCGGGAGCUGUUUGGGCACCGGGAGCUGCACCGGGAGCUGCACCGGGAGCUCAGCACCGGGAGCUGCACCGGGAGCUGCACCGGGAGCUGUUUGGGCACCGGGAGCUGCACCGGGAGCUGUUUGGGCACCGGGAGCUCCGGCAGCCCCGGUGUCCCGGGGGGGAUGCAGCCGGUACCGGGCUGCAGGAAGAGCCUAUCUCUGCCGGUGCCCCGGGAAGGGCCCCCGAAAGCCCCGCAGCACCUGUGGCGUCAGCCCCGGACCCCGAUCCGCAUCCGCCACCGCGGCUUCUCGGACACCGAGCGGCACCGGCACCGACCCGUGGACCGGGAGGACCCCGGGCACCGCAUGUCCUGGCCCUGCUCACCCCACGGCCCCGGCACGAGCUCAGAGGCAGACCGCCCCCCCCCGCUGGCUCGAGCCCCCCCGGACCCCCCGACACUGAUGCUGCUCCCCGGGGUCCCCCCGGUGCAGCGCCGCGAGUCCUUCCUCUAUCGCUCCGACUCCGACUUCGACGUCUCCCCAAAAAGCAUCUCCCGCAACUCCUCCAUCACCAGCGAGGUGUGA